AAGGAAAAUGACUAAUGAAGACUCAAAACGAGGAGUGAUGUACGACAAAUGGGGGAAAGAAUCAGAAAGGAAAAUGACUAAUGAAGACUCAAAACGAGGAGUGAUGUACGACAAAUGGGGGAAAGAAUCAGAAAGGAAAAUGACUAAUGAAGACUCAAAACGAGGAGUGAUGUACGACAAAUGGGGGAAAGAAUCAGAAAGGAAAAUGACUAAUGAAGACUCAAAACGAGGAGUGAUGUACGACAAAUGGGGGAAAGAAUCAGAAAGGAAAAUGACUAAUGAAGACUCAAAACGAGGAGUGAUGUACGACAAAUGGGGGCAAGAAUCAGAAAGGAAAAUGACUAAUGAAGACUCAAAACGAGGAGUGAUGUACGACAAAUGGGGGCAAGAAUCAGAAAGGAAAAUGACUAAUGAAGACUCAAAACGAGGAGUGAUGUACGACAAAUGGGGGCAAGAAUCAGAAAGGAAAAUGACUAAUGAAGACUCAAAACGAGGAGAGAUGUACGACAAAUGGGGACAGGAAUCAGAAAAAGAAUAAAUCAAUAGAAACUCAAAAUAAAAAGUAA